GCAAGACAAAAGGAUACCUAAAACCAUUUGGCAAAACUACGGUCAAAUGAAAAAUCUUCUGUUUGCUUAGGCCAACAAUAACAACCACUAAAAGCGUUGAGGACUGCAGCCACUCUGUCCUCAAUUAACACGCCCGCCGUAAAUUAGAGGGGCAGCAUGGAAGGGACACAUCAAGCGUGAUACGCCCACUGCCAAAAGAGUAGCAGAAACAGCAGCUGCAGUAGCAGCAACAAUGUCUAACAAUAACAACAACAACAAGGACAUUACCAUAGGUGGUGAAUCAUCAAAUAGCAGCGCUAAUGAGGGUCUCUGGUCCCUCAGCAAUUUGGAUGACAUCAAUCAAAGCGUUGAGCUGAACUGCCUGCUGCAGCAACAUGUGGAUGCAACGACUUAUGGCAAUGCUACAGACCAUUGCCUCACCCAGUUCGAUUCAAUACUCUGCUGGCCGCGCACCGCACGAGGCACCUUGGCCGUGCUCCAGUGUAUGGAUGAAUUACAGGGCAUACACUACGACAGCAGCAAGAACGCAACGCGGUUCUGCCAUCUAAAUGGCACUUGGGCUCAGUAUACCAACUACGAUGCCUGCGCCCAUUUGCCAGCGCCGGAGAUGGUGCCGGAGUUCGAGACCAUUGUGGAGCUGCCGACUAUCAUCUAUUACAUUGGCUAUGCUUUAAGCCUUGUGUCGCUGACGCUGGCGCUGAUUGUUUUCGCCUACUACAAAGAGCUGCGUUGUCUGCGCAACACCAUCCACGCCAAUUUGUUCUUCACGUACAUCAUGUCGGCUUUUUUCUGGAUACUCCUGCUGUCCGUGCAGAUAUCCAUUCGCAGUGGCCUGAGCAGCUGCAUUGCUCUCGUCACACUCUUUCACUUCUUCACGCUGACCAAUUUCUUUUGGAUGCUGGUGGAGGGCCUGUAUUUGUACAUGCUUGUAGUUAAGACCUUCUCCGGCGAUAAUAUACGCUUCAAUAUAUAUGUUUCCAUUGGCUGGGGUGGACCGGCACUGUUUGUGGUGACUUGGGCGGUAGCGAAGGGUCUAACGGUUAACUACACCAAUUAUAUGGAGAAGUAUGACAUCAACUGUCCCUGGAUGGAGGAGACGAACGUGGAUUGGAUUUUCCAGGGACCUGUUUGUGCGGUGCUCAUUAUCAAUCUGACAUUCCUGCUGCGCAUCAUGUGGGUGCUUAUUACCAAGCUUCGCUCGGCGAACACUGUGGAGACGCGUCAGUAUCGCAAGGCGGCCAAGGCGCUGCUUGUGCUCAUUCCGCUCUUUGGCAUCACCUAUCUGGUUGUGCUGGCUGGUCCCUCCGAAUCGGGUUUAAUGGGUCACAUGUUUGCCGUUCUUCGGGCUGUGCUGCUCAGCACACAGGGCUUUUGGGUGUCGCUUUUCUACUGCUUUCUCAACUCUGAGGUACGUAAUGCACUGAGACAUCAUGUUAACACCUGGCGCGACUCGCGCAACAUUCAACGUAACCAGAACCGACGAUAUACUACAAAAAGUUUUAGCAAGGGUGGCGGCUCCCCACGAGCUGAAAGCAUGCGGCCAUUAACAUCGUAUUAUGGACGUGGCAAGCGGGAGUCGUGCGUGUCUUCGGCUACAACCACAACGCUGGUGGGUCAUCAUGCACCACUGUCGCUGCAUCGCGGCUCCAACAAUGCAUUGCACAUGUUGCCCAUAGCCAAUAAUGCUGGAACUGGCAGCACGCUCAGCGUGAUGCCCAGAGCUAUCAGUCCUUUAAUGAAGCAGGGACUUGAGGAAAAUUCCGUCUAAGAAGAUACUCACACACCGACACACCCACACACACACAUACGCACACAAUCUAGCUUUUACAUUUGUUAGUUCCCUAGGUAUUGGUAUUGGUAUUGGUAUUG